AAGAAGAAGAAGAAGCAGAAGAAGAAGAAGAAGAAAAUGCAGCUUCCUUAUAAUACAUCCAUGAGAAGAAGAGGCCUAUUUGCUAUUCAGAUCAUGGAUGUAUUUAGAUCUGAAUCAGAUGGAUCCAGUGGAUCUGAUCUACAUUCCACCAGCUGGUGGUGGUGAUGCGCCAACAAGUCUUGCCAACCGCUAAUAAAGCAAAAAGAAGAAGACACACGCGAACUCCACCGCAGCUGUUUCAUACAUCCGUGGUUUUAAUCCUUUUGAACCUUUUGAACUGCCGUGGCUGUCAUGAUGUCCCUGUUAGGAGCCGUGUUUGUUGUUUUGUUUACAUGUUUGUUAUUUAUCCUCCGGUUAUAUAGUGUAGUGAAGACUGGAUCCAGCUGUAAACCCGGAACGAGACGUCCGGUUACUAUUCUGGUUGUCGCAGGAUCAGGGGGCCACACCACAGAGAUCCUGCGGCUGAUGGAGUGCCUGUCUGCAGCCUACACACCUCGACACUAUGUGAUUGCUGACACUGACAGGAUGAGUGAGGAGAAAAUCUGCUCCUUUGAAACAUCCAGACAGCACUCAGACUCUGAGUCACAGUUCACUAUCUGUCGGGUCCCUCGGAGCCGGGAGGUGCAUCAGUCUUGGAGUUCCUCUGUUAUCAGCACCCUGGAUGCCCUGCGUUACUCCCUCCCUCUGGUGUUCAGACUCAGACCGGACAUGGUGUUAUGUAAUGGCCCGGGGACCUGCGUUCCCCUGUGUGUGGCUGGACUCCUGCUUGGAAUUCUGGGGAUGAAGAAAGUCCUGAUAGUUUAUGUUGAAAGUAUUUGCCGUGUGCAGACGCUGUCACUUACCGGAAAGAUCCUGUACCCAAUAUCAGACUAUUUCUUUGUGCAGUGGUCCUCCCUGCGGGACAGAUACCCCAAAUCCAUUUUCCUUGGAAGAAUAGUGUGAAAACAUUUGUUACACAUGGACAGUAAUGCAGAAUGAAAUCGGUAAUGUCUUUGGUUUAUUUGUGUGGUCAUGAAUACAUGCUGAUGUUUUAUUAUUGGUGGAUAUCCAAUCAGUGCUGAUGGUAAAUGCUGAAGAGGAAAAACUGAAGAAUAAAUUCCUCAGUGUGUGCUGUAUUGACAGACAAUCUGAGUUUUCCUUCAUGUACAGCCCUUAUUACAGUUCCUGCAUGUACGAGGAUGCAUUGCACCAAAGUUCCUAAAUCCCAAACGCUCCCCACACCUGCCAGGCACAUGGAGUCAGCUGUCGCAAACACGCCAUCUAACAUGACUGUAACACCGGGAGAAAAAACAUCAUCAAACUAAUAAUGCUACAGUAUUAUCAACAAAAAGCAGGCCUGAUCCUCCUCAGCUGACACCGAGCAGCUGCUCUUGGUUUUACCUCGGAAAUGGAAGCGAAAUAAAAUGACAGAAAACAGCCAUCGAUGUACUCAACCAGUCAUCAAAUAUUUGUCCAACAGUCCAACUGUGGUCUCUAGCACACCUCUGACCAAAAGAUGAACAAAAAUUUCACGCAAAGUGAUGCACACACAGGCUCUUUCUGGCCUGUAGCUGAGUUGGCCAGCACACUGUAAAAAAUAUCAUCUUGACAUCCUCUGUCUGCACUCAGAAUAAAUAAUGCUAUUUAACCUUGCAGCUAGUUUGCAAUGUGAGAAGAAGGAAGAUUAGUUUUUCAGCCCCUGGCGAUGUGAAACAUGCUUCAAUGUGGACACACCUGUGUUCCAGCAGCUUCUAAUUCAUAGCAGAUCUGCUUUUUGGUAGCCUGGUCAGACCAUCUGAAUCAUGUGAGCUCAACAUUCUGUUUACCUGCCUCAGUCUGAACUCUUUGCCACCCCAAACACUUUCAGUGGGCGCCUUCAGCCAAUCCUGACAUUAGCACUAGCGUCUGCUCCUCUAUGACUGUGGCCAGUCAUAGAGGAGCAGAGGGUUUCCAUGACAGAUUUGUGUAAAACUUGUGUAAGAUUUGUGUAAAAUUUUCGGAAUGUCGAUAAAACACAAUUGUGAGAUGA